AAGAUAAAGUAUAUAAUGGAAUACUGCUCCACUAGAAAGGUGAACAGAGAAUGUGAGGUCUGGUGUGGGGUAGUCCCGUCCCGCUUUCUCAAUCUUUACUCCGUUUUGAGAGACAUGGAAAAGUUGCCGGCGCUUCUUCCACCAUUCCUUAUCUUCUUCCUGUCCUUUUCCCUUUCCCUUUCUGACGGAGAUUUCACCGGAAAUUCUUCCUAUCCCGUCCAAUCUUCCCCCGCCGAUUCUCUCUGCGCCCAGCUUAUCGAGCCCAACGGUUAUUCCUGCACCGAACACACUGUUCAAACUAAGGAUGGCUACAUAUUAGCUCUUCAUCGCGUGUCGUCUCGUUCUGGGGAUCUUAGAGUUCAGCAAAGUCAUCCUGUUUUGCUUCAACAUGGAUUAUUCAUGGCAGGUGAUGCAUGGUUUUUGGAUUCUACUGAUCGGUCAUUGGGCUUCAUCCUAGCAGACCAGGGUUUUGAUGUAUGGGUUGGAAAUGUGCGUGGAACACGAUGGAGUCGUGGACACGUAUCUUUAUCUGAGACAGAGAAGGAAUUUUGGGAGUGGAGUUGGCAGGAAUUAGCUCUGUAUGAUCUUGCAGAAAUGUUGCACUACAUAAAUUCAGUUACAAGCUUAAAAAUCUUUAUUGUUGGACAUUCACAGGGAACCAUCAUGUCUUUGGCUGCUCUCACUCAGCCAGACAUAGUGGAAAUGGUUGAAGCUGCUGCUCUUUUGUCUCCAAUAUCUUACUUGGAACAUGUCAGUGCUCCACUUGUACUUAGAAUGGUUGCAAUGCAUCUUGAUCAGAUGGUUCUUGCUUUGGGGAUACAUCAAUUGAACUUCAGAAGUGAUGUGUUGGUGAACCUUGUGGAGUCAUUAUGUGAUGGGCACGUGGAUUGCACUGAUUUUCUAACUUCUAUAACAGGUCAGAAUUGCUGCUUUAAUAAAACUCGCAUGGACUUCUAUUUGGAAUAUGAACCUCACCCAUCAUCUGUGAAGAACUUGCGCCAUCUUUUCCAGAUGAUCCGCCAGGGUACUUUUUCCCAGUAUGAUUAUGGAAUCUGGAAAAACAUACUGAUGUAUGGAAGGUUGAAACCCCCAGCAUUUGAUCUUAACAGCAUACCCAAGUCAUUGCCAUUAUGGAUGAGUUAUGGGGGGAAUGAUGCCUUAGCAGAUAUAAUGGAUGUGCAGCGCACUCUUGAGGAAUUACUGUCCAAACCAGAGUUGCUUUAUCUUGAGAACUACGGUCACAUAGACUUCCUUUUGAGCAUAAAAGCAAAUAGAGAUGUUUAUGACAAUAUGAUCGGGUUUUUAAGGUCAUUGGAAAAGUCAAGUAGUUCUUAAAGUGACUGCUUUCUGUGUUCUUUCAUAUAAGAUAUAGUCUUCAAGUGUAAUUAACCAAUUAUUUGUCUGCAUAUAUUGUAAAGUUUGCCCCUAUUCCCUUGCUUUUAAUUAAGUUAAUUUGCCAUAUAGCUAUCAAACAAACUGGAUUCUUUGGUCCUAAGUGCCAUAAAAGGAAAAUGGUUAAAUUAAGUCAAUUGUGCAGAGCUUACAGUGGGAAUUGGUUUUUACCUUAAUUUAACCAAUUUCCUAUGAUGGAAGUUAAGGCAAGUCGUUUUGACAGGGGCGGCAAGCUUGGUUGAAGACAUUCGCACUCUUGGAGCCUUUAAUGAUACUUAAAUGAUGCAGCAAGUGAAGAAACCUGGACAGAAGAUGGAAAUGGAGGACUUGAAAGUGUUCUGGUAAGGCAAUUUUGUGCAAGAAGAGCAUCGGGCAGCCUCCGAACAGCAAGAGCUCAUGUGCUUCCACUCCCAAGGUUGUUAGAAUAGAUUGUUAGCAUUGUAACUUGGUUGUAUAGGGUUUUCCGUUUCUAAGCAUUUCGUGAAAAGUUGAUUCCAUGAAAUGAUAUGUAUGGUGAUUUGAUGUAUAAAGAGAAGCAGAUUGCAUUUGCUUCUUAUUAUUUUUAA